AGGGGUCGUGACGCUGGGCGACGCGCUCGCGCAGUACCGGGCGCAGAGACCCCAGCGAGAGCGGGAGGCGGCGCCCCGUACUCCCGAUUUGCCUCCGCAGAAGGCGGCCGCCCAGUCUGCGGACGAGGACGACGACCGCCAUCGGCGCUGGAGGGAAGAGCUGGCGAGGAAGCAGAAACAGGAGGAGGAAGAGCUGGCGAGGAAGAAGAAGCAGGAGGCGGGGCUCACCGAGGAGGAGACCGCGGAAGAGCUGGAGAACCUCCUCUACAGGCUGGAGUUGCAGAAAGUGUCCCUGGAGACCACAGGGCACCAGAAGCACACUCUCGACGACAAGGCAAUGGGCGCCGAGGGGCAAAAGAACGCGGACGACUUCGUUUUGCCCGACGUCAGGUCUUUGAUCGAGUCGCUGAACCAGCAGAACAAUAGACUCGAGUCCCAGUUCCAGGGGCACCUGCUGCGCGAAUGCGACUACGAGGCAGACAGCGAGCUCCUAGCCCUGGAGGACAAAGUGGAGGAGGCCAGCACCGAGGAGCAGCAGCCCUUGAAUAUCCAACUGGUGGAGGGAGCACGACAGCGGAGGUCGAAUACACCGCGGAGACGACGGGGGAGGAGAAGGAUGAAGACGAGGAGCAGGAGGAUGCGGCAGCGGGGGGAGCUCCUCGAGUGCUCGCUGCCCUGGGGUGGAAACGACUUGUCAUUCUGCUCGCCAGCGCCCCAUGGUGACGACACGGCGCGGCAAGAUCGUGGCACGGUGGGCGCCGAGGGUGGGGCACGCGGCGGCACGGUGGCCCAAAAGUGCCCCAGUCUGCUCCGAGCGCGAGCUUUGAAACAGGUCGUGGACACCAUGUGUUUCUGCAGCGGUUAGAGCGUAUGUUGUGGCACGAGUGGUGGUGUGAAAGCACGCGUGCAUGCAUCCGUAUACUAGUGAUAUACGCACUGAGCUACCUGGGAGCACGCACCAGCUUGUGCAGCCUGUUCGGUGACAGCCGUGAGGAAAAGCGGAUAUGGGGGUGAAGGCAUGCAUGUUGCGCAUUGAUGACCAUACAACAUGCUUCGGAUGCUUGCUGCAACUUUUUGGGGGUUGGCGGCCAGAGAGAGAGUGGGCCGCGUUCUGCAACAAAGAGCCGACCACAUUGUGAGCAUUGUGAGUGAUGCGUUUGAUUCACCCGUUGGGGGGCGGAAGCGAUCCGCGCAAGGAUAAGCAUCGUGAGGUUGAACACCACCAUGAUGCCAUGACUGAACAUGACGAGCUGUCUCCCGAGCACGAAGAGUGGCACCGCGUAGCUCCCUCGAAGGGUGAUCCCGAGGAGCAGCAUGACGACGCGGAAUUGCACAAGGCGCGGUUGCGUCCCUGCAUGGAUUCAGACGCCAGUUGGGAGGUGCAGCAGUGGCAGCAUCUGUGCAAGCGGCGACCAGAGAGCCAAUGUGCAACCGUUGCACGCAGAAUAGGUCAGCCGUCAAUGUGUACGCGGGCGUUCUUGCCACGCGACGCCUUGCAUUUCCUGCCGACCGUCAAUUCGGACCAAACUCCGAACUAACGCGUAUACCUAAGUGCGAGAAUUUGCACAGACCAACGCAUGGCAGUGACACGUUGUUGACACAUAUUUCUGUUGACAGGUCCGACCCAUCAUGUUGAUACGCCGCAGUGACCCCCAGUGCCAAAGCAGUGAGGGCGUGCAGCCUUGCCUCGUCAUGCUGGUGCUCAUAGUCGACACACACUGCCGGAUAGCAGAGCUAGCACUCAUUGAACACAGUGAUUGCACAGCGCAAUUAACAGUGUUGAAGGAGAGUGGUGACAUUGGGUGCCGAUGCCCAGUGGAACCGCAGUGCUAGCGCACAUUGCUUGCACACGCAGGGAGCCCACGACGCUGGCACGACGAGAACAAAGCUGGCACUACAUACCCACAGGAGGCCUUGCGCAGCGCAGGCGCACGAGGCAUGCGCACGUUGCCGUUGGGGGUGCCCUGCGCGGUCUGGCACCGCUCCUCGCUCCAGGGCUACAUGAAAAAUUGCUCGCGGACUGAGAUGACCCGGGCUUGCCGCCCGGACAACUGUGUCAAUCAGUAGAGAUUGCCUUGGAAGGGGCCGCCCGGACAGCGGGUGAGCGAGCGGCAUGGGUCGGAUGCGGCCAGCUGUAGGUUUGUCGCCACCUCCUGUGUCGCCGACCUCCUCCGCUCUCUCCCGAUCGCGUGUUCUCGCCCUCCUUUCCUCCUCCCUCCUUUUCCCCUGGAAGGCUAUUUAAUUGCCCCCGUUCCUAAUGGACUUGCCCCCUGCUCCGAUGCAUGUGCUAAAGCACGGUCGCUGUAGUUCACGAUGCGGAUGCCUGGCCAAGUCGGCGCCAGAUGCUCCCGCCAGCGUGGCCGAUUGGUCUGGGAUUCCAAAGGUACGUGCCCAGUCCGCGGCAGGAAACAAUUAAGCGCGCGAUCAUGUUGCAGCCCCUGAGCGCGCAGCACAGGAAGGAGCAGUGGGAGCCUCGC